AUUUAUUCACUUCUAGAAGAGAUUUAUGUUAAAAUCUGGUCUGUUUUUAAACAGAUUAGUCAAUUUAAACAAUUUGUGUCACGUGAACAAAUUCAAGAUGGCGGGAACUAAACGAACAUCUUCUGGUGCAGUCAAAUCAGCUGAUGCCAAGGAAUCCGCGAGCAAGAAACCGGAAAGCAAGAUGAACAAAACGGAAACGGAUUGGAAAAAUAUCGAUUUCCAGAGUGAUGCCAAAGCUAAGAAUGGCUCAGCAUGGAAUCUGAAGAUCUCAAGUUGGAAUGUUGACGGAUUAAGGGCGUGUGCUAAAAAAGGCGGAGCCGAGUUUAUAAAGUACGAGUCCCCUGAUAUACUGUGUCUGCAAGAAACUAAGGUUGACGAGUCGAAGCUGCCAGCUGAGUUCAAACUAAAGGAGUAUCCGCACAGUUACUGGUUGGCCGCAAAGAAGGACGGGUAUUCAGGAGUAGCUCUUCUAUCAAAGGAAAAACCGUUGAAUGUUGAGUUCGGCCUUGCUGAUGAGGAUCAUGAUUCCGAGGGUCGACUCAUAACAGCAGAGUUUGAAAAUUUCUUCCUGGUUACAGCUUAUGUUCCUAAUUCAGGUCGGAAGCUGGUUACCCUUGAUAAACGACUAGACUGGAACACCAAGUUCUUGAACCACCUGGAGAACCUGGACUCUAAGAAACCGGUUAUUCUAUGCGGAGAUCUAAAUGUCGCUCAUCUUGAAAUAGAUCUUAAGAACCCCAAGACGAACACAAAGAACGCCGGGUUCACGAAGGAGGAGAGGGAGGGGUUCACAACUCUCCUCGAUAAAGGAUUUGUUGACACUUUCAGGCAUUUCUACCCAGACGAGACUGAAGCCUACACAUUUUGGACAUAUAUGAUGGGGUGUAGAGCCAAGAAUGUUGGGUGGAGAUUGGACUACAUGGUUGUAUCCAACAGGAUACUGGAGAAUAUAGCAGACUGUAUACACAGGUAUCAAGUUCUCGGUUCAGAUCAUUGUCCAAUCACUCUCCUGCUCAACCGACCUAACUAACACUCGUUUAUUUUGUUCAACCAAACUAAUACUUGUUUAUUCUGUUCAACCAAACUAAUACUUGUUUAUUCGGUUCAAUCAACCUACCCCACCAAUUAUUUUUUCUGUUUAAUAUCACUAUUCAAGGUUCAACCGACCUAACAUCAUACAUUGACCUAUUAGCAGAAGAAUUGUGGUAGCAGAAGAUAUCAUCUGUUCCAACAAAAAAUAUAUUUUUUUAAUCAAUUUUGAGCACUAAUACCGUCUAUGUUUUAUGUUUGUAUGAAGUUAAUGUUUUUUACUUAAUUAAUUAUUCUUCAUCUAUUGAUUUCUACGGAAUGAUAUUUUACCUUUUAUAAUUUUUUUUUGUCGUGGAUAAAUCAUCAAUCCAUGGUUUGUGCAGAUAAUUACAUCAACCUUUAUCUGUAUCUAAAGAAUCUGAGUUGGUAACUUCUAAAUGGUGGAUAUCGGGAUAAAUACUUGAUCCACACUUUUUCUUAAUCUCCAGAAUAGAUAAUGCUCCUCUUGA